CACACCCACGCAAUGGCACCGCCUCCCCCAGUCACGAUCGAGCAGCUGAAGCUGCAACAAAAACUGGAGCUGGAUUCAUUCGAGCGAAAAGUUGCAAUCGCCCGGCAGAAGCUACAUGCCGAGCACAGACGUCAGCGAGACAAACUACGAGUUAUUGGUCUGUGCGAUUCAGAUGAUGAGUCGGUCAACCAAGUGCCCGCUGCUCAACCACAGGCUGUUCGACCUCAGACUGGACCUUCUCGUGGGCGAUUUGACGUCUUUCAGCAGCCGCUGUCAGAUGUUGUCAACUCCACUUUCUCUAAUCAUAGCCCGACUGAGGAGCCUAUGCUACAGACCCCCACAAGUGUGAUUGAUCUAGUCACCGAUGACGAAGCCGUAAAGACGCCUACGAAGUCAGCUACCACUGCGCAAACAACACCGCCAACUACCCCACAACAACAAGCGCACACACAAGCUGAUGCUAAUGCUAGCACUCCUCAGAAGCUGGCAAAUAAGCAAACAUUAGACUUUAGUCCUAGCUUGUCUAUCACUCGAGCGUCGGUAGCACAACAAGGUCAAGCCCUACCAGUUCGGUUUCAGAAACCCUCAGAUCGCAAACGAGUACGGAAUGUGAGCGAUGCCGAGUCAGCCGAUGACACAAUACCAUCUACCCCUGUUGGCCGUCGCCUUCCGUUGUCUACGCCCGCACGUCCAAUUCCCAACAGGACUCUUAUGGUACCUACCCAAAAACCUAUCCGGCAACCAAAUUUUGGUGAUGGGAGUGACAGCGAACCUGAUGUCGAUACACCUAGCAAGUCAACCAACGUGUACGGUAUGAAGGCAUGGUCUCGCGACCGGUUAGGUGGCGAUCGUUACCUUGCGCGUAAGCGUGAAAACAAUGUUGAAGAAACACCUCAACUUCAAUCGCCGGAGCAGCAAGUGCAGAAGAAGAAAAAGAAGAAGAUGGCCCGCACCGAUCAGGAUCUCAAGAAAAAUUCAAGGACACAUAAGGCAAUUUGGGCGAAUGGACGAUUGAAUUGGGUCGAGAGGACUGAGAACGUCGAAAAGAUGGUGUGA